AUGCACGGGACGUUACGACAUUUCAUACUAUCACGCGACGAAGACGAUGGAAGAUCACGAGGACAACAGGCGUUGGUGGUAACAGGCGUGUUGACCGGACUGGCGAUUCUAAUCGUUGCGAUGCGACUAUUCGCGCGGAUCGGGUUGAUGAAGCUGAGAGGUCCCGAAGACUAUACGAUUGUCGUGGCCCUGGUCUUUUCCAUUGUCUACUUUGCAUUGGUCGCAGCCCAGGUUCAUUUCGGUCUUGGAAUUCAUUCUGAUAAACUCUCUGAUGCUACACUGAAGCAACAGCUCAAGGUGGGUGCUGGCAGGCUGAUGCCGAUCCCGUUCUACAAUGCUAGUCUGGCUUUCAGCAAAUUCUCCAUUCUGUUCCAAUAUCUGCGCAUCUUUCCCAGCCUUCGGUUCCGAUUCGCGUGCUACGUCAUGAUGGGCAUUGUCGCAAUGUACUCGACAUGGGCUAUUGUCAGCGGAUUCGUGAAUUGCGUUCCUGUAGCGAGGUUCUGGGACCGCGACAUUCCCGGUUCAUGUCUCAAUUUCGAAGCUGUCUGGUUCUUCAACGCGUCCAUGAACAUCGCAACCGAUCUGACGCUGCUUAUCAUGCCCAUGCCACUCCUUUCUCAGCUCCAACUUCCCCGCAUGCAGAAAGUCGCCCUCAUGGCUGUCUUUGCUGUUGGUUUACUGGUUGUUAUAACCAGUAUCCUCCGUUUGUCCAGUCUACGAACAGUUGCUCAAAGUCCAGACACGUCAUACAGCAACGUAGGUGCCGCCUACUGGACCGCGGCUGAAUGCAAUGUCGCCAUCAUAUGUGCUUGUCUUCCCUUCCUUCGACCUUUUAUCAGCCGCAUCUUCCCCAAACUACUGUCCACCAAGAGCUACAACGGAUAUACGGGACAACCGACGAUGACAGUAAACCGGUCACGGCACAGGACUCAACUCUACUCGCAGGACCCGGACUAUGGUCUAUACACAAUCGACAUUGGAGCGAACGACACGAAACGAGAAUCCGUGGGAGGCAUUGAGGUCAUCACUGAAAUGAUACAGGAGACUUCGCGACAGGAUGAGUCGACGAGUGAGCGGCGGCUGGUGCUACAUCCAUAA